AAACGGAAGCCCUUGAAGGUGCCGAGUCGUGAGAUCGACAAGGGCGAGGGAAAGUUCUGGAGGCAUUGGAACAAAGAGACCAAGCAGAUGGCGUGUGCAGUGGCCACCCUGGUGCUGGAGCCGAGCGGGGACUUCCCGGCGUGGCUGGAGGCGCAGGGUGUGAACGCGGAGGUGGCCCGGGCCAUGGACUCUGAGCUGGGCAUCCGGGACUACGGGGUCCUGCGCGCCUGCGUCAGGGACGGCCUCGUGCGGGCCGAGCUGCUGGCCACGGCGCGCGACCGCCUGCCCUUCGGCUUCUACGCCGUGCUGCGGCAGGUGGUGAAGGCCCUGCGGGGCGCCGAGCACCACGAUGGCUCUGGGACGCCGCGCUGGGACGACGCCGCUUCCUCCCCUGGCGACGUGACGCUGGGAGGCCUGGUGGACGUGCUGCUCGCACUGUUCAGUGGCUUGAGCCGGGAGCUGCUGCUGUCCGUGCAGAGGCUGGGAGACAUUGAUAACACCGGAAUGUGCACUGUUGGCUCCCCUUCAGCCAAACCGGUCGUCUCCCCUGAGAACAGUGUGAUGAAUGAAAUUAACGAUUACACACUGAACGACGAGGAUGGCGAGGAAUUGAUUCCAGACUUGGGAGAUUCGAACGCUGUGGAUGAAUCAUCUACAAUUAAGACGGAGGCCCUUGAAGGUGCUAGUGGCAUUGAAGAAAAUUCGGGGUUCAUUGUGCAAGACGUGGUUUCACUACAAGGGAUGGGACUGAACUUCGCAAACUCCGAAAAAGUUGCUUCGUGUUCACGGCUGCAGCAGUAUCACAAUUGGCAGAGGACUGGAAGUGAAAUGGAUACGGAUAAUAAUUCUGCAAAAACUGGACACUAUCACGGGCGACAGGAACCACCAAACGCAAUCGAGGAUUUGCCUAGCAGUCGGCAGGAUCCUGCUGUUGAAGAGGCCGACCGAUCAGUUAACCAGCUGGACACGUUAACGUCGCUGGAAGCGAACGGGAAUGUUAACUUGGUGAACAAGCCAUACGAGUGCACGGUGUGCAAGAAGAGCUUUGUGCGGCUCUCACUUCUUAGAUAUCACCAACGCAUACACACGGGAGAGAAGCCCUACCGUUGCGAAAUGUGCAACCGGUCCUUUGCGCAGUCUUGCAAUCUGAAGGUCCAUGAGCGCACGCACACAGGGCAGAAGCCCUACCGUUGUGAUAUUUGCAACAGCAGCUUCUCGCGCAGUCAUCACUUAACAGGUCACCAGCGCACGCACAAGCCUUGAGCAGAAAUAGUGGUACAAGAAAUACGAUUGUUGAUUUGUGCAUAAUUGAUUUGUGCUACUGGACAUCUGUGAAAA